ACCGUGUUUUGCUCCAGAGCGUCCCAUCUUCCGAGGGGCCGGGGCAGGGAAAUGGCUGUGGUGGAUCCAGCUCAGAGGCCAGUGAGCUUCGAGGAGGUGGCCGUGUAUUUCACCACAGGGCAGGGGGCAUUGCUGGACCCCACUCAGAGAGCCCUCUACAAGGACGUCAUGCAGGAGAAUUAUGAGAGUGUGACCUCGCUGGGACUCCCCAUUUCCAAACCUGACCUGAUCGCCUGGCUGGAAGCAGGGGAAGAGCCGUGGGUCCCAGAUCUCCAGGCCUUCAAGAAAAGCAGCAUCACAAGAGGCACCUCCACAGCAGGUGACGAGACAAUGAGUGAGAACGAGGAUGGGAAUCCACAGCAGGAAGGUCCUGAGCAAGUGGAACUGCAGGGGAGGUUUCUGAGAAGAGCUGAAGGGAAUUUUUCCCGUGCUGGGAAGAGAGAGAAGCCUGGAGUCAUCGGCACAGGACAGAGAGGAAGCUGGGAAACAGGCAAAAGAAUAAAGUGGACGAGUUCAUUGAAUGCAGGGGAGGAGGCAAGGAUCCCCAGGAAACCACAGCCCAGCAGGCAAAUCCCAAGGAAAAGAUGCUUGGACUGUGGGAAAAUCUUCAACUGGAUCUCAACCCUUACUAUCCAUCGCAGACUGCACACAGGAGAGAGACCAUAUGCAUGCAUCGAGUGUGGGAAAAGCUUCAGCGACAGAUCACAGCUUGGCAGCCGCCCAGCCUGGCCGGAGCUCCCCCGCGCCCGCUACCAGGAGGAGCCGCCGGAGCUACCCUGGGCCGACUAUCCAGAGGGGUUCCCAGACCUACCACCCGGCCGCGAUGAGCCCAUGCUCCUGGACCCUGAAGAGGCCGACGUCAGGACCCAGUCUUUAUCACGCUUCAUACAGUGA